CACACACACACACAGAGACGCAGAGGCUCGGUGUUGAGCAGCGCGGAGGUCACGGGGCGGAAACAGCGCGCGCUGCGGACUCGGUAAUAAACAGGAAGAGACAGGAGGAUGCGGUGAUCCGCACGCGCACUGAGGGAGAGAGAGAGAGAGACGCGCGCGCACACAGACUCAGACAGACAGAGGGACAGAGAGGAAGAGGAUGAUGAUGAUGAUGAUGAUGAUGGCCGGCGGUCGGUGAGCGCGCGCUGAUGUCCGCACCAUGGAGACACGGAGUCUCGUGACGGCGGCGAGCUUCUCCCUGAGCGUCCUCGCGCUCGCGCUGCUCGUCACCGCCAUCUUCACCGAGCACUGGUACGAGACGGACACGCGCAGGCACAAGCGGAACUGCGACCGGUACGGAGCCGAGUCUAACGACCAGAAGAACCGCGAGAUGCCCAUCUACCACCUGCCGCUGGUGGACAGCACCGGGACCGGGACCGGGGGGGGCAGCGGGGGCGGCAGCGGGGGCGCGCGCAGGAACAGCGUGGCGCUCAUGAAGCCCAUUCACGUGGGGAGUCGCGAGGAGGAACUGCUGGAGAACUGGAGGGCCAUCCUGGGUAUGGGUAUACUGGAGACGGAGUGUGGGCGCCCACUGUUCCCCACACACUCAGGGCUCUGGAGGAAGUGCUUCAGUGGGGGGGUGGACCAGGACAUAGACCGGCUCAUCUCUAAAGGCAUUGCAGAUCGCUGCACUCCGGUUAAAUAUCAUUUCUCUCAGCCGAUCCGACUCAGGAACAUUCCUCUGAACCUGACCAGAACCAUCCAGCAGGACGAGUGGCACCUCUUACAUCUGAGGAGAAUAACAGCGGGCUUUAUGGGAAUGGCUGCUGCCGUGUUGCUCUGUGGCUCCGUCGUCUCUGCAGUCGGAUUUUUUUGGGAGGAGAAACUCACACAGCAUGUGUCAGGCCUGCUGUUCCUCAUGUCAGGGAUCUUCUGCACCAUCUCCUUGUGCACCUACGCCUCCAGCGUGACCUAUGACCUCUCCCGGAACCCGCCCUUUAUCUACGGUCUCCCUGGCGACGUGGAUCACGGCUUCGGUUGGUCGGUGUUGUGUGGGUGGGCGUGUCUCGGGCUGACGGCGGCGUGCGGCUGCAUCAGCACGGCCUCCCCCUUCAUCACUCGCCACAAGAACACACACACUUCUGCAGUGUGAGAGCAACCUGCAGCUGCUGAUGGACUUGACACCUCUCUCUCACACACACACACACACACACACACACAUAAAUACAUUGCACAUCUUUUUUUGGAGCAGAUGUCACUCUGGGGUGUAAGACCUCACUCCCAGCUCACACCCCAACCCUGUCCAUAGGGGCGGGGCUUCAUUGUAACCAGCCAAUCACAGACGUGACCAUGUGACAUCGCCACUCUUCACUCCUCCAGCUGGUAUAGACACUAAACACUGCUUUAAUGCCACAGUAUUAUAUCUCAGCACUACUGUCUGUACACAAGUGUGUUUAGGCUGUUGAUUGUGAAUCUGAUCGAUUUUUUUCCUGGUUAAACCCGCCCCUUCCAAACACACACACACACACACACACACACACACACACACAGGACUAUGCUAUGAGCACAUUGAUGAUGAUGAUGAAGAUGGUGGUUGUUACAGGAGUGUGUGUUUGUGUUGAUGUUGUGUAAUACAGAGCUCAGAGUGUUAAUGAGAGUUCAUAACCCUGCACUAAUUACAGCUCGUUAAUCACAUGACCAUAGCAUAAAAUAAUGUGAGAACACAUCGAGCACUGCAGUAUUACUAAUUAUUAUUAUUAAUAAUAAUUACACACUUUAUAUAAACAUACUGUAUAUAUAAAAUGAGGAUGGUGAUUUCUUCGUGGCUGUUAAACACUCCCAUGUGUGUUCCUGAGUGUGAUCAGUGAAUAAUAAA